CCCCAUAAGCACUGUGUAAGAAAAAAUCCGUGAAAAAUACGGCUACGGAACGCGUAGUUCAUGCCAAAGGGGGAUGAGUGAAAAGUGUCAAUAGAGGUGCUAUUUUUCACCCUUGAAAAGUUUACUAACAGUGUGUGAACUAAAAAAAUAACACAAAAUAAAAAAAAAACAAACUAAAGAAAAGAGUGACGAAUGUGACUAAAGAAAAAAAGACAACGAAAACCGAGUGAACAAUAUUGUGCCGCAACAAAUCAUGCAACAAAAGAAUGAAACUCUGCAAAAUGGUUCUGAGAAAUCAUAAAAGAAAAAUUAAUAACAGUGAGAGAAAAGUGCGUGUUUAGAAUAUGAGGGAUACUUUGGGAAAGUCCAUGGCAAGUGCUGAGACUACUUUGAUGCAUUUUGAAGCUGGUUGUUCUUGACUCUCAAACGUCGUGGUUGCAAUUGAACGAGGGUGACUUUGCCACUUUAUCUCCCCCUGUUUCGGCCACCUCGUCCCUUUCUUUCUCUCCCCCAUUUCUCUCCCUUUCACACGCGAGAAUUCACGGCGCCACCGAACACAGUUCGUGCGAAAGAAGUGGAGAAGAACCGAGAAAUCUCAGUGUUGAAUGAAAAGAGACAAAUCUACUAUCUGUAUUUUAUCUUCUAUCGCACUCCUUCCAACGAAAGUGCUCAGUGGAACCAAUCGGAUGCGUUCGAUACAGCCGACAAUGUACGAUUCGGCGCAUACCGGCAUCAGUCGGCAAAGAGCCCAAAACCAUCGACAGUGCUAAAGCAGUGAAGUGCGGGAAAAGAUCUAUAUAAAUAGGGGUUGAAACCGAACGUAUUCAGUUGGACUUGAAGCGAUCGUGAGUGAAGAACUACGCUCAAAAUCGCAUCGCGUGUCGUUCGAUUAAGGGCUGAAUUGUGAGCUUAGGGAGUGAUUUGUAGAUGAACUGAGAAAUCAGAGACCAAAGAAAUCACUAGCCCUACUACAAAAUUACUAAAUACAAUUGUGCACUGAAAAUUAUAAGACUAAAAAUAGUGUAUAGCUCAAAUUGGAUAUCAGUGAGUCGAUUUUCAAAACAAAUAAGAAAAGAAAAAGAAGUGUUUGUGCUUGAAAAUUGAGAAACAAAACCAUUUGACCAGAUGCUGGGGCACAUUUGAGGAGUGUUCUGUGUUUUGUUUUAAUUUUGGGGGAGCAAAGUCUGUGAUUAAAACAUCUGUGGGUGUUUAGCAUUUGAACGAAUUUAGCAGGAGAAUGUGGCUUUAAUAUGAAUGUGUUAGAGUGGUAAUAGGAAGACCUCAUAUAAUCAUGCAAAUGCCGCGUCCAAUGAGGAAGUCCAUUCUGGUGGCAAUUGUGAUUUUUCACUUGAUGACCAUCACCAUACAACAGCAGACACCUGACACAGAUCAUAUGAUACGCUAUGAUGCACCGGAUGACUGUCGAUACGCCCUCACCGGAAAUCAAGAUGUGGCCCUAUUUUGCAUCCUCCGCACCGUUAACAGUGAAUAUGACACCACCAAUUUUAGUGUUAUCAGUUCGGCUCUCUCAGAACACACCGUGUCCCUUUCAAUUCUAUGCAAUGACCAAAUUAUGGCGCGAAGUUCUCUAGAAGCAAAGAGUUUUGUGCAUCUCAAUCGACUUCGAGAACUCUCGCUAGAAUAUUGCAAAUUUGCCAAAUUCAAUCAUGAAAUGUUGUAUGGGCUCAGUGAUUUGAGAAAUCUCACCUUACGUACUCACAACAUCAAUUGGCCAGCACUGAGCCUUCAAAUAGACCCCGACACAUUUCUAUAUGUUAAGAACUUAGAGCGGUUGGAUCUGAGUCAGAAUAACAUGUGGUCACUGCCUGAGAAUCUCUUCUGCACCUUGAAUGGGCUGACCUUCCUCAAUAUCAGUGGAAACCGGCUGCAGGAUGUCAAUGAUUUGGGUUUCAGAGACAAAACUCUUCCAGGUGGGAAAGACGAUACCACAAGUGCACCCACUAGUGCUCCACCAAAAUCAACACUUUGUAACCUAGAUUUGGAGGCUCUUGAUGUCUCCUUCAAUCACUUUAUCCUUCUCCCAGCAAAUGGAUUUGGCACUUUGAAGCGCUUAAGACAUUUGAAGAUCAGUGACAAUGAAAUCUCAAUGGUGGAUGACCGAGCAUUGGGAGGUCUCAAAAAUCUUCAAAUCCUCGAUAUGAGUUCUAACAAAAUCGUAGCACUACCUUCAGACCUCUUCCGUGAUCCCGCUCAGUCAAUCCAAGAGGUUUACCUUCACAAUAAUUCAAUCAGUGUCCUAGCCCCAGGCCUCUUUGCAGAUCUCGACCAAUUGCAGGCCCUUGAUUUGGGUAGUAACCAAUUGACUUCUAUCUGGAUUAACCGCAAUACGUUCAAAGGGCUUAUUCGUCUAGUGCUACUGAAUUUAUCAAAUAACCGCAUUACUAAGCUGGAACCUGAAAUAUUCACGGAUUUGUAUACACUUCAAAUAUUGAAUUUGAGAUACAACCAACUGGAAUCUAUUGCAGCCGACACAUUUAGCCUCAUGAACAAUUUACAUACCCUUUUACUGUCGCACAACAAAAUUAAGUUCCUCGAUGGGUAUUCGCUCAACGGGCUGUAUGUGCUAUCUCUGUUAUCUUUGGACAACAACGUUCUGGCUGGUGUACAUCCUGAGGCUUUUCGCAACUGCUCUGCUCUACAAGAUCUCAAUUUAAGUGGUAAUGAAUUAGUGACAGUGCCAUCGGCUCUCAAAGAUAUGAGACUUCUCAAAACAGUGGACUUGGGUGAAAAUUCUAUCUCGACGAUUGAAGAAAAUGCCUUUAGGGGCAUGAGCAAUCUCUAUGGUCUGAGACUGAUUGGUAAUCACCUUGAGAAUGUUACAAGGAGUGCCUUUCGCGAUUUACCAAGCCUCCAAAUCCUUAACCUUGCCCACAAUGCCAUUCGUUACGUCGAACCGGGCACCUUCGAGAUGACAUCUAACAUCCAGGCCAUACGAUUAGAUGGAAAUCAACUGGUGGACAUUACUGGUCUAUUCACAAAUAUGGUGAGUUUACUGUGGCUGAACAUCAGUGACAACCAUUUGGAGGCUUUUGAUUAUGCUCAGAUUCCAACAGGCCUUCAGUGGCUAGAUUUGCACAAGAAUGAGCUCAGUGAAUUGUCCAACAGGUAUGGGCUUGAAAACCAAAUGCACUUGCAGACAUUGGAUGCAAGUUUCAAUCGGCUGCAGAGAGUAGCACCCAACAAUAUACCUAAUAGUAUCGAGUUGUUGUUUUUAAAUGACAAUUUAAUAACUCAAGUUGAGCCCCAUACAUUUAUGCAUAAACCCAAUCUGACUAGGGUUGAUUUAUAUGCAAACCAAAUAACAGGACUAGAACUGAAAGCUCUUAGGCUCCUUCCAAUUCCUGCAACAAAAUCACUGCCAGAAUUUUAUAUUGGGGGCAAUCCUUUCGUGUGCGAUUGCAAUAUUGAGUGGUUGCAGAAAAUUAAUCAGCAGUCUACAAGACAAUAUCCAAGAAUUAUGGAUCUCGAAACUAUCUAUUGUAAACUACUUUACAAUAGAGAUAGAGCCUACAUUCCCCUCCUAGAAGCCGAACCUAUGCAUUUUCUCUGCACUUACAAAACUCACUGUUUUGCCCUGUGUCACUGUUGUGAGUUCGAUGCAUGUGAUUGUGAAAUGACUUGUCCCAACAACUGCACCUGCUUCCAUGACCAGAGUUGGUCUACAAAUGUCGUGGAGUGCUCUUCAGCAAGUUACUCUGAAAUGCCAGCCAGUAUUCCAAUGGACACAACUGAAGUGUAUAUCGAUGGAAACCAUUUAGGCGGGUUAUUUGGGCAUAGUUUCAUUGGAAGGAAGAACUUGAAGGUGCUGUUUGCCAACAAUUCAGCUAUACAUGAGAUCUACAACACGACAUUUGCCGGCCUACGACGACUGAUGAUCCUUCACCUUGAGAACAAUCGACUGACCAAGCUGGCAGGGGGUGAGUUCUCUGUUCUAGAGAGUCUUACUGAACUGUAUCUUCAAAACAAUAGAAUAUCAUAUAUUGAGAAUCAAACAUUCUCUGAGCUUAGAAAACUCGAAGUACUGAGAUUAGAUGGCAAUCGACUUCAUCAUUUUGAAGUUUGGCAGCUCAGUAUGAACCCGUACUUGGUAGAAAUUGGAUUGGGAGACAAUUCUUGGUCAUGUGAGUGUUCUUUCUUGACCAAAUUGCGAAAUUACGUUAACACAAACAGUGAGAAGAUUAUAGAUGGGUCAAGAAUCACGUGCAUGUACAAUAACCAUACCAGUAUCUUGGGGGAACGAAAUGGGACAAAAUGUGUCAAGGAGGGGGAAACCAUCUAUGGCAGGGCUCACGAAAUUGAAGACUUGCUACCCCUCUUGCUAGCUGCAACUUGCGCCUUUGUAGGCUUCUUCGGCCUUAUCCUGGGAAUAUUCUGCUACAGAAGAGAAUUAAAAGUCUGGGCUCAUUCUCAAUGUCUUGCCAAUAUUUGCUACAAGUCCAGCAAUUUUGUCGAUGACUUUGACAAAGACAGAUUGUACGAUGCUUACUUGACCUAUAGCUUACAAGAUGAGCACUUUGUCAAUCAGAUACUAGCUACAACCUUAGAAAAUGAUGUUGGGUACCGGUUAUGUUUGCACUAUCGUGAUUUCAAUGUCAACACCUAUGUCGCUGACACAAUUAUCGAAGCCGUAGAGAGUUCAAAAAGGGCAAUCUUGGUCCUAUCCAAAAAUUUCCUUUACAACGAAUGGUCAAGAUUUGAAUUCAAGAGUGCUAUUCAUGAAGUUCUCAAGAGACGGCGAAAAAUCAUAUUUGUUUUGUACGGAGAUCUUCCUCAGAGAGACAUUGAUGCCGAUAUGAGGCUGUACUUGAGGACAAACACUUGCAUUGAGUGGGAUGAUAAGAAGUUCUGGCAGAAGUUACGGAUCGCUUUGCCUCACAUUCGAAAAAAUCACUGUUUGGCUAAGAGAUCUGCGGUUAACAUUUAUGCCACUGCUCAUGACUACAACACGGCCAGGAGGUUGAAUGCCGAGUGUCCUAGUGGUCAGCGUCUCGAAUGCAAUAAUUACGCUACUAUUGGUAGUUGUGGUCGAGGAUGCGAAACCUAUGAUCCUACGGUGGCUUGCAAGUAUCCUGCCACUGAACGUCGACAUCACCAUCGUGGUCAAAAGGCUGAAAGGCAGCACGAGUAUGCUGUUCCCAGUGGAUGCCUUCAACCCCCCGGUAUCCCUAUGAAAUUCACUGAUCCGUUGAGUGAAAACUUUGACGGUGGCCCCAAGUAUCCUCAUAAGAUUAUGCUGCCAGCGGGCACCCUGUCGUCCACCAAUAACAGCGAAUGCAGCCGCUCGGUGUCCUCGCAGGGGGCUCUCAGCUGCAGUUCGGCCGGCAGCCUUCCGGCAACUACUCCAACUGCCACACCCCAGCCGCUGCAACCCAACGGGUUCGGGUACCGAAGCAACUGCUGCACGGGCGACGCGUGCACCAGCAAAAGUGAUAUGACACUGGGUGAUGCGGCUCAGAGCAACUGCAUCGACAGAAGACUGCCACAGGCAAUGUGGGCGUAACGAUUACUUAAUUACAGGUUAGUUUUCUAAAGCUCAUUUAACCCCGUCUCCGCACAUUUCUUUUCGCGAUACUUAAGCUUGUGAGCCAUUUGUAGAAAGGUUAAGAUUAAGAAAUUACCACGCUCAAUCAGCAAGAAAAUGUUGAUAGGGUUUUUUAUCACACUGUAAAAGCGAUCUGGAGCAUCAAUAUUGUCAAAAUAAAAAAGUUCUUUGCUCUUGCUUUCUCAAAGAUACGUUUUUUUAUUUUCAUGUUAGCUUUAAUUAGAAGUUGUACUAGUAAUUGAUCAUUUGUUCGUUAUGUAGAAUUCUUAAGGUAUUAAAAAUUACUUGCUCUCUUUGGAAUAACUAUCGUAACGAACCUUGUUAUUAUUAUCCACGUUUUAAGUGGAAGAAAUUUUAGCACCUUCACUAAAGACUUAUCACGUUUUGAACUGCAUUUUCCCACAGACAAUACUUUGCUGAUUGGGCAGGUGAUUAUCGAUUGAGUACUCAAGAGGAGUAUGAUUUGUGCAAGCUUUUGUAGGGCAAAUCGGCAUUUUGUGAUCACCCCGGAAUCUCCCCCGAGCAACAAUUUCUUGCUAAGAAUCACGCGAUUUGUAGUGAGAAAAUAAAUGUGCUAAAUUGCCCUACAUUUCGCACUAUCACUCCCUCUCUGAGACUCCAAGCUCUAAAAAGGUGCGAUUUUCCGCAUUGAAAGACAGCAUAAGAGAAAGAACUGAAAUCUCUCCUUUGUUAAAAAGGAAGUACUUUGAAGGAGAGAGAAACACAUGUAAAGCCAUAAGAGAAUUCUCAUUAAAUAUAGACACAAGAUAUUUGUAAUUGCAUUUUGAAAUAAAAAGAAAAUACCAUUUCAUUUGUCAUACAGAUAAGAGAAUUUUAAGAAAAAAAGAAAUUAAUCAUUCCUCAUUGUAGUCAUAAAACUAGCAAAGAAAAAAAAGAAUAAAACUAUUGAAGAAACCAAGUACAGUAAAUUAAGAGACACUCGCAAAACAAAAGAAAAAAACAUACAUAGCAUUAUGGACAUUAAAUGCAGUGGAUGACUUAAUCAAAUAUGAUUAAAGUUUCAAUUGAAAAGACACAAAUACACAUGCAGCAAAUACUUUUUGAUGAUUAUUGUACAUUUUUGAAAUGAAAGAAAAAAAAACAGUAAAAGGCAAUUUGAAUAUUUUAAUUGAAAGAACACAAAUAAAAGAUGAUAGUACAGAAGUCAAAAUAUGUGAAAUUAUAUUGAAAUUUCGAGCAUUAUGCAGCUGAGAGUUAUGCUAAUUGAUUCUCACAGCAUUUUUCUACUUUAAACUCCUUCUGACUCAUGUUGCAACAUCGCAUUGGGUGUCUCUCUAAUUAGUUUUAUUUUGACUUUAAGCUGAAACCCACUGAGUUUUAGAUUAUCCAAAGCUGUCAGAAUGUCUCAAGUUAUCAAAUUUACAUUCAGGUUCAGCGACUUUUUUUUAAAAAAAAAACUUCAGACAACCCAAUUAAUUAGUUUGGAGAAGAAUAAUCCUCAAUUCAUUAGAUGUUUUUGAGGUUCAAAGUUCACAAAUCAAUCAAGUUGAUGAAGAUUCUUGGAAUGUUUAAGAAUAAGUUCCUAAAAUUGAAGUUUAAUCAAAAACUAAGAACAGUUAUUUUUCAAAUUUAUACUAACGACGGUUAAUAAACGUUUUUGCGUACUAUUGGUAGCACUGCUAGCUGAGCAGUCUAUCGUCAAAAUUCUAAAUAAUUUAUACUGAAAGAUGUUGCAGAUAGCAUAAACUAAAUUGAAAUAUUCAAAGCUUGAAUUUCAUUUCGUGUCGAAUAUCAAUGAAUUGGGGGAUUUUUAUCUUGAAAACAUAAAGUAAAAAAAUGUCCAAAUGAACUUUGAGGUGAUAUUAAAAAUUUAUGCUUUGGGAAAAUUUAAGAGAGACAAGUCAAUAGUCACCACUUAAUUUUCCAAUAAAUUAUCCAUGUGAGAUUAAAAGUAGAAAUGCUGAGGAAAUUAAUUAAAAUGUCUCGUCUUUGUCUCUAUAUUUUUUCUUUUUUUUUUUCCUGGAGAGUAAGACACUGUUUGUGAGAGCGAACAUCAAUUAGAAGCCACACUGCGAAUAUUUAUAUUUAAUAUUGAAAUGAGAAUUGACACACAACAUAAAUUUCUAUGGGUGUAAUAAUUAAGGCAACGAAAAGAGCUCUGUAAGAUGAUUCCUUGGCUAAGAUUCUGGCAUAAUGUGGAUGUUUGAGGAAAGAGUGAGAGAAAGAGAAAUAAAAAAAAAUAUUAGGUAUGAAAAUUAAAAACAAUAAAAAGAAACCAUAUUAAAUCAAUCUGAUUCUAGAUAUGUAAAUGAGAGAGACAUACAAAAUUAAAUUAUGAUUUUGCCCAUUGAUAUUCAAGCAUUGGUGUGUCUGAUAAGUGGUGAUAGUUCUAAUAAAAUGUGAAUGGAAGGCACAGUGAGUUUGAAAAUGUUUUAUUUAUUUUUAUUCUCCUGUGCAACAAUUUAUUCAACUGAUAUGAUAAUUUUUUUUUCUACUAUGCAAAUAUACCCAUCCAAUAGUUCCCAUUAUUUUCAAUGCCUCAAAAAAAAAAGCCCAAAACUUGAUGUUUAUUCAUGUUCUUUCUCUCUUUAUAUUUAUUUUAUUAUUUUAAAUUCUUUCAUAACACCAUAUGGAAAAAAUGUAAUAUGCAAUUAUAUCACAAAUGUUACUAUUAUUAUCUCCUUCUUUUAUUAUCAUUAAAACAGAAUCAUCCAAAUUUUAUUUGCUCUUUUCUGUUUUGUUUCAACCAAUUCAUUUAAUCUCUCAUUUAAUAUGGUUUUAUUGCUAGGAGGAAUAUUUAAAAAAAAAGUGAAAAAAAAAACAAAUUUGUAAAUAAAUUCCUGUAAUUAUUUUUGUAAAUAAGAGAUGAGAAUUUUAAAAUUGACAAUUAUAAUAAAAGAAUUAUAAUUUAUUUAUAUUCAACAAAAGCAACAAA